AUGUCUGAAGAAUUCACGAAGAUCUCUCUUGAAGAAGUUGCCAACGAGAAGAUUGAACUCAUCGAUGAACGCUGGCAAUUUCAGCCAGCGACCCUGACCCCCACUCACUGGACUCCCCUUACCCUCCAAGGACUCCCUAGGGGAGUGUUGAUCAAGAUUGCGACAUACUUGAACAUCACCAACAAAGCCUGUCUUGCUUUUACCUGCCAAAUUCUAUGCGAAACCUGCUCAAAAUUUCAUCUCCCAAGGAGAGACAGGACAUGGAAUAAGUACGAAGGUCCCAGGAGAUGUAUCCAGUAUGGCAAUGGGCGGGCCCUCGAGUAUCUGGAGUCCCCCUAUCUCCCAAGGCAGGUCCACUUUGACAUUGUGGCCGCCAUUACCCGGUCCUAUCGAUUUGACUCGGGGCUAUACGACACCAAUUCCUUCUUUUCUACCGAAAAAUACACUGCUGGAAGGGCCAAGAUAACCAGCAAUGUUUCCGCAAGACUUUACAAGGGAAGCAUUGUUCUCAAGGCCGAGUUGGUGCUCUCUGCGGGUAAAGUGGCUUUCGCGUCGGAGAAUGUGGAUAAACUAGAGAAGAUGCUUCAAAAGAGCACUAAGCUCGAAAAUGUUUGCCAGCAUGUGAAGUGGGCUGAAGUUUUGCCGUUUAUCUUUCGGCCUCAACUUCCUACUGUUCAAAAGAGUGGCCAGUCAUGCUUGGGAAAGCAUUCUAGCCAGAAAUGCAAGAUUUCCCGCCAAGACCUACACACAUGCCUUUGGACUCAUAGUCAAAAAUGUUGGUCUCGUUGCGAUGCAUAUUCAAGACUCGGGUCUGACCUUCAAAGGUUAUGGUCUUGCAAUUUGUGCUCUACAGACUACAAGAUCAGCCUUUCGCGUAAGCAAGGCAAGAGUUCAGAAACAAACUCUUUGGUCUUUACUUCAUGGAAGAACUUGGGUCGAUGCACCAGUGUCUAUAAUGAAGACUGGGCAGGUCAUAUGAAUCCUGGUCUGUCUGAUUAUCAAAAACGGGGAACCGACCUUUACGAUGUGGCAAGGUCAUUUGAAAACCCUGCGAAGGGUCUUUUCGAUUUUGAGUACUACCCUUCUGUGUAA